UCUGCGAGGCAACGGGGAAGACGGACAUAGUAGAGAAUGUUUUUUGUUCGAGUAAGGUUGCUACCUUCGUGAUUGAGUUCUGGAGAUUAUGACUGGCAGCCAGGCGGACAGAGGCACUCAUUGAGAUUCUAAUCUUUGUGUAGCCGUCUUGUAGUACAAUAAGGAUCGGUGCUGGAAACAUUCCUAUCGGCAUGUUGCUUGAUUCGGGGUGAAUAUUCCUAUUUUACGUUGAUAUUUAUUAAUGGAGUGUCGCGAUCUGGAGGCCUCUAAACAGCAUUGGGAUCCCAAACAAUUCAAGACUCUCCACAAUGUCUCUCACGAGUUUCAAAAGGAGAUGGAUUGAGAAAUGGUGCGAGGAGGUCCACCACCACCUUCGUCAAGGGAGUAUGUGUAGCAAUGUGAUCGGAUCCCCUUCAGAAGAAACAGGUGGGUUUAGUUUUCAAGGGAUGCUGAAAUCGUCCCUGCCUCUAAGAGGAGAAGAUGUGAAGUAUCAUCAAAAUGUGACAGACAAUGCGAUGGACACCAGUACUGGCCUGGUUGAUAAAGGUUUGUAUCAAUCACCUUUACCUAUUGUGAAAUUUUCCUACAGUCAUUAUCAAGACCAACGUAAGAAGGCUGAACGACUGGUUCAUGGACUCCCUGUGCUGUCCCACUCUACUACUCAGUUGGACAGAGCCUCGAAAAUAGGGGACACUAAUAUGCCGUUUGUCGUUGUCCAUGCAGGAGAACAGAUAAAGACUGCACGAGAGCGGGACGAGAGUUUGGAAAGAGGAAAAGUGACAUCUGCGCCCGCUUCUUUAACUGCACAAAGACUAGCACAAGAACUGAAAAAAUCGAAUCAUGAUUUGACCAGUGGGAGCAAUCGGGUGAAUAUUUUCAAUGGGGAUCACGUCAACCGAAUGAAAACUGCUCCUUCUUUUAAUAAAUCAAAUUUGAACAAAGCAAGAAGAUUGCUAGCCAAACGGAAUCAAAAUGGGAGAAAGUUAGAUGGACAGCCAUAUUCACCGAUAGAAAAUUGCUGGACAAUGACGGAAAUGACAUGGACAUGAUCAUGCGCAGUGUGUUAGACAAAUCGUUUCCGGUAACUCGGGUUCCUUGUGGAUAAAGACGAAACUGGAUAUUUAACGUGUUAUGGUUCCAGUAAUACACGUUUUGUGAGAGGAAUUCGUAUUGCCUGUUAUAAACGUGCACGACCAAUUGUCUUAUUUGACAGUUGACCAAACACGUGAUAAUCCGCAGUAUGGUCGGCAGUUUCCGGUACCCCACUUACGAGUGUGAGAAGAGCCGGAAGACGAAACCUACUGUGUUGUGUUUCAAAAGAUACACGGGUGAAAGGAAUUCUUGUUUGUCUGUGCUAAACAUAGAGAGCCCGUUGUCUUGUUUGUUUUAAUGUUUUCCAACAAGACGCUCAUAAUGAUUAUUUAGUUAUUAAAAUCAAUAACUAUUA